UAAACAGGAUAUCAUUGAUGGGACAGUCGAGGGUAACUCAUGCAUACAAAUACAAAGUCCAUCGUUAGUGCAAAUGAUGGGCAAACUGACCACAAGUGAGGACUGUUUGGUACUAAACAUAUGGGCAGCUAAUGGCGAUAAAAGUGCAUCAAAAUUGCAGUUAAAACCUGUUAUGUAUUGGAUAUACGGCGGGGCACUUACUAUUGGAUCAGUAUUUCAAAAGUUUUAUAACGGGAGUGUUUUGGCCACCAAUGAUGUGGUCAUUGUUUCCGUUAACUAUAGAAUCGGACAGUUAGGCUUUUUAUAUGGUGGCGAUCAGACAGCACCCGGUAAUCUGGGAUUCUAUGACCAACUUUUAGGGUUGAAAUGGGUUCGAGAAAAUAUUCAUCAAUUCGGUGGAGACAAGGAUCAGAUCACUAUAUUUGGUGAGAGCGCCGGCAGUAUGUCCGUAUCGGCACACCUACUCUCACCCCUAUCUAAGGGUCUAUUUAAGAGGGCUAUUCUCCAGAGCGGGACUGAAAUGUUUCAUAAAGAUAGACCGAUUUUGGGAACUGUAGAGGCGUUGAGUAAAGCCAAAGAAACGGCCCGUAAAAUGGGUUGUGAACCGUAUGAACACAAAUGGUUGGACUGUUUGCGAGCCAUUGAGGACCCGAACCUAUUUCUGGAGCCGACUGAGGGAGACGUUGAUGUGGAUGUGAUGGCCGGUGCGACCAAAGACGAGGGUCAUAUGCUAGCCAUCAGUCAUUUCCCACAAAUGAGGUCUGAGUUCAAUAAAAACAAAUUUCACGAAUUAAUAGAACUCCAGAGAGAGAUCUACCAUAACAUAGACGUACAGAAAGUGUCCGAUUAUUAUCUCCAGAAUAGAGACCCCGAAAAUCCUCAUGACUUAAAACAAGCUUUCGGUCAACUUUUUGGUGAUAUGCUGAUGGUGUGCCCCACCUAUGAGUUCGCCAAAAGAUUUGCCAAAAGUGGUCGAGACGUCUAUUUUUAUAGAUUUAAUUAUCAGACAAAUAGGUUUGCAAUGUUUGGCUGCGAUGAACAUACCAUAUGUCACGCCGCAGACCUCCCCUAUGUUUUUGGUGAUCCCAUUAGGACUCCCCAAAUGUUUACGGAAACGGACUAUGAUUUCAGUUUAGAAGUUAUGAAGAUAUGGACUAAUUUUGCUAAAAAUAUGCAUGUGUGUCAUGGGGCCAGUAGUCAAUAUAUUUACGGAAAGCCCGUAAGGAAUCCGCAGAUGUUUACGGAAACGGAUUAUAAUUUCAGUUUAGAUGUCAUGAAAAUGUGGACCAAUUUCGCUAAAAAUAUGUGUGUUUGCGAUGAGAGUAAUAGUGUUGUCGUGAAUACGAGUUCGGGUGGAGUGAGGGGACAGACACUGAAUGUUGUGAAUCACAAAAUCAAUCAAUUCUUGAAUAUACCUUAUGCUGAGCCCCCGGUGGGCCCACUCAGGUUCAGUCCACCACAACCACUCAAAACGCCUAAAAAGGAUAUAAUUGAUGGGACGUUACCCGGAAACUCAUGUAUACAGCCUGUGAUGGAAGCCUGGGAAAAGGCGAUGGGUGAUAUCACCACAAGUGAGGACUGUUUGGUACUAAACAUAUGGACACCUCAUGUGGAAAAUAAUAGUCCAUUAAAAGCCGUCAUGUUUUUCAUAUACGGCGGGGGACUGAGUAUGGGCUCAAUAUAUCAAAAGAUGAAUAACGCCAGUGCUUUGGCCACUAAUGAUGUGGUCGUUGUUUCGGUCAACUAUAGGGUCGGACCCUUAGGUUUCCUAUACGGUGGCGAUGAGACCAGUCCUGGAAAUCUUGGCUUUUAUGACCAGUUAUUGGGUCUUAAAUGGGUUCGAAAAAAUAUUCAUUUGUUUGGUGGGGAUAAGGAUGAGAUCACUAUAUUCGGUAUAAGCGCCGGUAGUUGGUCCGUAUCGGCGCACAUAUUGUCUCCCCUAUCAAAGGGUCUGUUUAAGAGGGCUAUUAUGGAGAGCGGGGCCGUUAUGUACAAUAAGGACAGACCGGCGCUCAGUACUGUUGAGGGCCUCCAAAAGGCUAAGGAUUUGGCAAAAAGUCUUAAUUGUGAUGAAUAUGACUACAAAUGGUUGGACUGUUUGCGAGCCAUUGAAGACCCAAACCUUUUCAUAGGCGCCGGGAUUUCAUUGACUCAUCCCGUGUUUGGCACUCAAUUUCUGCCUCUUUUACCACAAAAAGCAGUUGAAAAUAAUUUAUAUAAUUCUGACAUUGAGUUGAUAGCGGGUGUCACCAAAGAUGAGGGACCGAUGUUGGCAGUGAUGCUAAUCCCGGAAAUGAGGGCCCAUUUCACAGUCGAGUCGUUCAAGAAAGCCGUCAAUGAUUUCAGUGUUGAAUACCGUAAUAAAUAUGCGGAUCAAGUGUCCGAUUAUUAUCUCAAAAGUAUUGACACAACAAAUGAGUCCCAAUUGAGGGGUGCGUUGAGUGCACUGUACGGCGAUCUGUUGCUCACGUGCCCCACCUAUCACUUCGCCAAACAAUUUGCCAAAAAUGUUUGCACCGGCGAUACUGUAUGUCACGGGGCGGAUGGUGCUUUUGUGUUUGGACUUCCCCUCAUAAAUCAGCAAAUGUUUACUGAAACUGAUUAUGACUUCAGUAUUGAAAUAAUGAAGAUAUGGACAGAUUUUGCCAAAAAUAGAAAAGCAAACAAUGUUUGGCCGAAACUAAUAGACAUUUCGGACGCGAAUUCAGUGCCAAAAGUGAAAGACUUGAAUCCCAACGAUAUGUCACUUGUUUUGGACAAUCCUUACGGAAGUACUUGUGAUGGCAUUUGGAACAAUUAUUUUUGA